AUGUUACGCCACCUCCUCUUUCUCAGCCUGGUCCGGCUUGUCUCUGCCACGUGUGGGCCUGAUUCUUUCGACUAUGUCAUUGUCGGCGGAGGUGCAGCAGGACUUGUUGUCGCGAACCGCUUGUCGGCAAAUCCAAACACCACUGUUGCCGUGAUUGAAGCCGGCGAUUCCGUAUACAACAAUCCCAAUGUGACAUAUGUUCCAAAGUCUAUUGCCGAGUACGGACUUUUUAUUGGAACUUCUACUGACUGGGGCUACAUGACUGUACCUCAAAAACAUGCUGCCAACAACACACUUCCAUACUGGGCGGGAAAAGCGUUGGGUGGAAGCACGGCCAUUAACGGCAUGACGUAUCUUCGUGCAGAGAAGGACCAGAUCGACGCUUGGCAAGACUUGGGAAAUCAAGAGUGGAACUGGGAUAUUAUGUGGGAGUAUUUUCUCACGCAAGAGCACUUUCAGCCGCCGACUGAUCAACUUAAGCACAAAGGAGCAGUGUACGAAGCUGGCGCGCACGGAAAUGGCGGUGACCUUGCUGUAGGAUUUACCCUAUAUCUUGUUGGCCAAGGUUUUGCUCAGUUGAUGAAAGAGACUUCCGAGGCAAUUGGGUUUCCUUACAAUCAAGAUGCGAAUAAUGGCAUCAUGCGUGGCUUCAACACCUGGCCCAUGACGUUGAGCGAGGCUGGGCCAACACGCGAAGAUGGAGCAAGGGCCUUCUACUACCCUGUCGCAUCGCGACCAAACUUACGCGUCUUUCUCAACUCUACGGCAAAGAAAAUUGUCUGGGAACAUGACAAGACUGCGGAUGGAAUGCUUGCUUCUGGUGUCGAGUUCAUCACUGCAGGCAAUGUUACCAAAGACAUUCGUGCUGAGAAGGAAGUUGUUGUAGCAGCUGGUGCCAUCAGAUCACCGGCAUUCCUUGAACACUCUGGUGUGGGCAAUCCUGCUAUUCUCGAGCCCCUCGGCAUUGAAACAGUUGUCCCGCUCUGUUCCGUUGGCUCAAAUCUGCCGGACCAGCCGCAGAACGGUAUCAUUUACUCUUCAUCCACCAACUGGACUGGAUAUCCUACCUUUGUGACGUACUUAACGGCGUCUGAUCUCUUUGGAGACGAUUUAGAUUCGAUUACCCAAGAGGUCAGAGCCAACCUGAGCGCGUAUGCAGCCGUCAUUGUUGCCGACUACGCAUCAAAUACUAUUUCAGUCGAGACGCAGGAGCUACUCCUAAAGCAUCAAGUCGAUUUGAUAUUUGAUUCCAAUAGCAAGGUCCCACUAGCUGAGCUGUUGUGGGCUCCAAUAGGCAACAACAUAGCUGCCCAGCUCUGGAAUCUGUUGCCCCUCUCUCGAGGCUCCAUUCACAUCAAUGCUACCGACCCAACGCUACCCCCUCAAAUCGAUCCUGCAUUUUUUCAGCUACCGAUUGAUGCAUACGUCCAAGCAGCAGCCGCGGUUCGGAUUCGUGAAUAUUUCGCGACUCCGCCGCUCGCCGAUCAUGUCAUCAGCGAAGUCUCGCCCGGUUUCGAAACUGUACCGCAAGGCGCAGGAUGGAGAGACCAAAGUUGGGACGCCUGGAUCAAGAAGACUCUCAACGGCAACUCACAUCCUGCGAGUACUUGCGCAAUGAUGAGCCGGGACUUGGGUGGAGUCGUUGAUUCCAAGGGCAAGGUGUAUGGUACGAGAAACGUAAGAGUGGUGGAUGCCAGCGCCUUUCCUACGCAGAUAUCUGGCCAUCUGAGCGCAAGCGUAUACGCAGUUGCGGGAAAGAUUGCCGAUGCGAUGAUCAAGGAGGUCUUGGCAGGCUAG